UUUGUCAGAGACAACGUGAAGCUGGUGUGUCCAAAACAGCAGAUUUGCUGUGUGUAGUUAGUAAACUUGAAGCCGUUGUUUACAGGCAUUUUAAAACAAACGCAUCAAUAACCAGAUAUAAUUAUUAUAUGAAUUACUGACAAAAAGCAGAAGAAACAGAAUGGCGCAAGUGCUAAACCUGAACAACGAGGUUGUGAAGAUGAGGAAAGACGUAAAGAAGGCCAGAGCACUGAUCAUCCGGAAGUUAACGAGGCACAUCACCAAACUAAAGUCGAAAAAGGGUAAUGCAGAGGAAGUUGAAAAGAACAAAAGACGAGCCGGAAGGUUGUUAGAAGAAAUCCAUGCUAUGAAGAGUCUAAAACCAGAUCAAGUUACCAAAGCUGCUUUGCAAAGGAAUACCAUAUUUGAAAAAGUGUGCAAAAAUCCCAACUCUACAUCAUCAGAACGGGCAACUGCAAGAAUAGCAUCCCAUCCACAAAUCAGCAAAAAAAUAAUAGCCAUUGAAGCGGCAAUAAAGGCAUUUAAGGAAGAGAGAGAGACACAGUCAGAAGGCAAAGACACUCAAGAGGUUGCAAAGCUAGAAGACCCUGUACAAAAGACACAAUCAGUCCAAGAAAAGGAUCACUCGGAGGACCUAGAACUAACCCUACCUGGAGAUACUGCAGAAAGCAUUAACCAGAUAACUAAAACAGAGCAUGUUCGUAAUCUAGAAAGUAGUAAAGAUACAGAUAUGACUGAUGCACUGCCUGAGACCGUCAUAAUGCAGGACACUUCCAAUGCCACUAUAUCAACCAUUUCAAAUGCCAUUUCUCAGAGAAAAUCACCAAAGAAGAAUAACAAAACACAACCUAAACCUCAAAGUGAAGCCAGUGUUACAAUAAUACAACAUACACACGAAUCAGAGGGUGAAGAAAGUGAAUUAGAAGAAUCAGAUGAAGAAGAUAAAGAAUAUUUUGACGACAGUACAGAAGAACGUUUUUUCAAGCAGUCAUCCAUGUCUGAAGACAGUGAUGGGGAUGAUGACGAUUUCUUCAUUGGUAAAGUUAAACAAACAAAGAAAAAGAAAAGUGACCCUGGCCUAAAACAGGAAAAGGGGAAAACGGAAGUCAGGAAAUCUGAAAAAGAAGAUACUGAGGAAAGCAGGCACAUGUCAAACCAAAAUAAAUUACAGUCUGUAUUUUGCAAUUCUUUAUCAGGAUCAAAAGUAUCAAAGCCGCUGGAACAAACGAGGAAGUUUCAAGGAAAGCCUCAAGUGAACAAGGGGUCAGCUGAGUUAAACAGACCCCAGUUUAAGAAGCAACUGCCUCGUGCUGCUGCCAGUCGGCAGUUCACAAGUAAAGUUCCACACGUGCAACAAUCUCUUCAUCCGUCAUGGGAGGCAAGCAGAAGACGGAAAGAACAGCAGGCCCAAAUCACAGCAUUCCAGGGAAAAAGGAUCAAGUUUGACGACGACAACUAAUUUUUGUGUAUAACUUCACUAGAACUGGGCAGAGUAAUCCAAAAUGACAUGCAAAGUGCAAAUAACGCAAGUUUUCAGUGUUUUAAAUAGAAAUCUCUUGGAGCACCAGCAUUUUUGUUUCUGUACAUAUGUAUUACUUUGCUCAACCUUUUAGACACUAAGUUCUACACAAAUCCUAAAUUAUUUAGAAUUUGAUGAGUUAUCAUUCUUUGUAUGUUGUACCUUGUCUUGUGAGCCAUUACUGUUUUAAGGUUUAUGCUGCAAUUUAAUGAAGAUAUGUAGUUUUCUCUUAUUCUUUUUGGUUGUGUGUGUGCUAUUGUUGACAUGCAUGUUAUUUGAGGAUGUUUCAUAGUACCUAUAUCUGAUAUAUAAUGCUCCAACAAGAACACCUUUCACACCUGAAAGAACUAGAGACAGCCAGUGUUAAUAAUAAUGCCUAUGAUACCUGACUUAUGGGACACACUGUACAUUUCUCAAUAUUAUAAGCAGCUAAGUUCAUCACAUUUGUAAGCACCUGGGGCUAUAAUGGAAUGCAUGGCAGUGCAAGUCCCAUAUGCCAUCUUAUAAAAUGCUUAGUCUCAGAGGAUAUCUGAGUAUUGCUUUCCGUGUAUAGCAUAUUUACAUACAUAGAUGAUUAAUGUGAUCUACCAGCUUCAGCUUCAGUUUGCAUGCUUAAAUAUAGCAGGAAAUGUAAAAUGCAUUUAAGACAGAGUAAAUGUUAAAGAUAAAGAUUGUUAACUGUUUGUGUGUUGGGUCUGAAGAAUGAAACAUUUGACUAGCACAUUUGUCGUCAUGGACAUAUACUAGAUUAUAUCUAGGCUUGCUCUUUUCCAACAUUUAUUUUUCAGGCGCUCACAAAAUUAUGUAAUAAAAUUGUUUUUUAAGUGGCUCGGACAAUAUUUUUCCAUGUAUUCUUUGUGUCUAACAAGAAGCCGGAUUCAUGGUGGUUGUAGGUGUGUUUCAUAUAUAAAGAUAAUAAUUCAGUAUUAUCUGAUCUCAGCUUUCAAAAAGAAAAAUACAGGUUAUUUUUAAAAGGUUAAUGCAUUUCAGGUAUUGAUUCAUUGCAAACACUGGGUCUGAUAGUCACAGUAUCCAGGUAGUGUAAGAACAUGUGCUCUAUCUCCCUACAUGGUGUGAUCAGUUUUUUAAUUUUUUUUUACAAGUUUUAAAAACUGAAAAGUCACAGACAAUGAAUGGAAGUAAGAAGAAUGCAAAGGAAAAUAACUAAGUCAGAAGUUAUUUUCAUACAGCUAUACACUGUAUGAAUAACCCAGGGCAAGCCCUCCAGGUACAGUCUUGAUUUUUUUUAGUCAUGUAAAUGAAUUAAAUAAGUGCUCAUACUGUCAGCAAAUGCUUAAAGUUCCAAAUUGAAAGGACACAAUAUUCUAUCUAUAGUAUGGAUCCAGAGUAGCAAUGUAUAUGCUACCCCAAUGUAAGACACGAGAGAGAAGGUACAUUGAGCACCACCAUUUAUUCAAGUACAUUUUCCAUUAAAGAUACAGAAAUGUAAAGUAAGAAUAUGAAAGGGCAAUAAGAAUACAAAGCUACUAUUUGUAAAUGCCAUACAGGAGUUAUAUAGCAAUCGGGUAAUAAAUGUUCUUUUUUUUUUUUUUUUAAAUGCUAGAAAAACAAGGAAAUAAGUAUUUUAUCUACAAAGCUGCAACAUUUAGUGGCAUUUAAC